AUGAAAUACCUUUUCUUUAAGUAAAAAUAAAUAAAUAAACUUAAAUUAUUAUUCUCAUUAUAUAUAAUAUAUUUAAAAAUAAUUUUAUUAUAUACAUUUUUUAUUAAAAAGAUUUAGUUGAAAAAUGGUAGAAUUACAUCUCAUUUAAAAGAAAAUUAAUCUAAUAAAAUUUAAACAAAUAUACACACAGUAAUCAUAUAAACUUAAAAUAUUUAAAUAUAAUUUACAAUCUUUUAGAGUUUAUCUUUUUUACCUAAAGUGUUAUUCCUAUAUUACAGUAAAUUUGGAAAUUUAUUUUUUUUGGUUGUAUCUUUAGUAAUGCUAAUAAGAUAAGAUCUCUCUUCCUUUAAAUCUUGGAUAAUAAUUUUUACUUUAUUAUUUUUUACAUUACUGAAUAUUUUAAAAGAGUAUUAUUUAGAUAAGUAAAGAUCAAAAGCUGAUUAUAUUUAAAAUAAAUAAAAAUAAACUUAAUUUAUCAAAUCAGUUUUUUGGGAAGAAUUAACAGUAGGAGAUGUGGUAAAAAUACAACAUGGAGAAACGGCACCUGCAGACAUGAUAUUAUUAGACUCAAAUAAAAUAAGAGAUAAAUAAUGUGUUUGCUACAUAGACACAAGUAAUGUAGAUGGCAAAGAUUAAUUAAGAUAAAUUAAUGCUAGCUCAUUAACAAGAAUUAUUAAUGCGAAAGACCAUAAAAAAUAUUAUUUUAAUAAAUAUAAAACACUUUUAAAUUUAAAACUUUCGUAUGAACCUCCAAACUAGAAUCUUUCAACUUUUAACGGAUAGUUACGUUUAAAAAAAGACCCAAAAAUUGAAUAUCUAACAAAUGAUAAUUUUAUUCCAAGAGGUUCUACUGUAUAUUUAUAAAAAAAAAAAGAUUGGGUUUAUGGAUUGGUUAUUUAUACAGGAAUGAAAACAAAAAUAAUGCUUAAUAAAAAUUAUUAAAAUCAUAAAUAAUCUUAUUUAGAAGGAAUUAUUUAAUAUUAUUUCCUUGCAAAUAUUUGCUUUUUAAUACUAUUUUCAAUUGUUAGUAAUAUAGUAUUAAUAGCUUUAAGUAAAAACAAUGAUUUUAUUGUUACUUAUGUAGAUGAAAAUGUAACAAAUUCUUUAAGAUUUCUAAGUUAUAUUGUUUUGUAUUCAUAACUUAUACCUAUUUCUAUACAUGGAAUUCUUGAUAUUUUGGCUUUGUUAUAAUAGUUUAAAAUUUAAAAAGAAAUGGAGAAAAAUAAAAAUUCCAUUUUCAAAAUUAACGAUCCAAGUAUAUUAAGUAAUUUAGGACAUGUAAAUUAUAUUAUGUUUUUAAAUUAAAUAUUUUAUUUUAUUUAGAUUGACUAUAUUUUUAUAGAUAAGUAAUCUUGUUAACUAUAAAAUGUUAUUAAUGUUGCAAGGAUAACGACUUAUACACAUGAUUAUAAGAUAGAAUAAGAAGAAUUUAAUGAUUUGGUUAAAGGAUAAAAUUUGUAAUAAUUAAUAAUAACAUCCCUCAUAUGCAAUCAUAUUGAACAUUAUAAACUUGAUAAUUUAGAAUUAAUAGACAAUUCAAUAUUAUAAACAGAAAAUUCUCUACUAUAAUUUGCAAGUUAAUCUGGAUUCAAUUUGUUUUCUUAAAAAAAUAAAAGCUAUAUAUUUUUUGGAAAAAAAAAAUUAAUUUAAAUUAAUGAAAAAAUGUUUAAUUAUGAAAGAGGAGAUAAAAAAACAUUUUCUGUUGUUGUUUAAACCAUCUAAAAUUAAAAAUAAAAAUAUUUUUUAUAUUGUAAGGGAGAUCCAAAUUAAAUUCGUUCCAAAAUGUAAAUUAGUAUAAAUGAAUACCCGCAUUUUGACUUUUUAGUUUAAAGCUUUAAAAAUUAAGGAAUUUAACCUAUUGUAUUUACAAAAAAAUAACUUACAUAGGCUUAAGCUGAUAAAUAUAUAGAGACUUAUAGGCAUAUAUAAAGUAAUCCUUAAGUAUAAGAGGAAGAAUUAAAAUAAUUAGGUUUAGAAUAUGAAGUUGAUUUACAAUUUGUUGGAAUGCUAGGAUUUUAAUAGUGUAUUAAUAAAGAUAUUUUACCUUUAUUUGAUUUAAUAAAUUAAUCUAACUUCAAUCUUUAUUUGCUUUCAAAUGAAAAUUAAGAAUAAACUUUAAAUACAGCGAUAAAUCUAAAAGUAUUAAAUGGAUUUGGAAAAUAAUCAAAUAAACAAUAUUUUUUAAUAACAGAAGAUAAUUUAGAAUAAGUAUGGAAUUAAGUCCGCUAAAUAUUAAAUGAAUUAAAUUAAACAUUCUAAGUUUAAGAAAGCAAGAGAAACACAAAAUAAGCGAAAAGUUACUCACAAAAUAAAAUUAAUGAAACUGAUCAAUUAAAAUAAAAAAUUUCAAAGACUUUACAAGACACAAUUUUAACUGAAAUGCGUUUUUAAUAAUAUUAAUUACAUUUAAACGGAAAAAGUAUUUUUUGGAUAAACCAAGACAAAACACUAAUGCAGCAUUUCACAUUUAUCCUUUAAUUUUGUCGAAUAGUAAUCGGAUAUAACAUCGAAUCUUAAAUAAAAGGACAACUAGUAAAAAUAAUAAAACGAGGAAUGCUUUUUAACCCUACUGUAUGUUCAAUUGGUUAAGGUUACAAAGAUACUGAAAUGAUGAAAAUGGCUGAUAUCUCAAUCGAACUAAUUUAAACUUAAACCAUCUAAAGUGAAAACGGGGGAAAAAAUCAACAAUUUUAAGUUAUUAGUAAUGGUGGAGAUAUAUAAUUAUCUGAUGUGGGAUAUUUAAAGAAUCUAAUUUUAGUUGACGGUUUAAAUUAUUUUUUUAGAAUUUAGCUUUUGAUAUACUUUAUGUUUUAUAAAAGUUUGCUUUUUGGAAUUUCUUUAUUUUAUUUUAAUUGGUAUUCUUUGUUUUUAGGAAGUUCUUUAUUUGAUUCUAUGUGGGUAUUUUUAUAUGACUUUAUUUUAAAUUUAGGAACUAUUUUUUUAUAUGGAAUUUAUGACAUACCUUUCCAAAAAACAGUCCUAUAAAUUUUCCCUUCAUUAUAUAUUUCAGGAUAGGUUGAAAAAUAAAGAGUUUUUUCAAAUUUUAUACUUUAAAGUAUAUUGGAAGGUAUUUUAUAAGGUACUCUAAUCUAUUAUGUGUCUAUAUAUAUUGUUUCAAGGUCUUUAAGUAUUGAUGGCUAUACUUCUGAUUUAGGAAUGAUUUCUUUAGUUAUUAUUUAUAGUGUUUUGUUAGUAUUCAAUUUUAAAGCAAUUCUUACUGCAUAGAGUCAUAAAGUGAAGGCUGUGUGGACGGGUUAGGUAUUUUGCUUAGCCUUUAUAAUAAUUUUUAUUUUUGCAAACGGUAAUGAUAAUUUUUCUAAUUGGAAUUGGGUAAUUAUUACGGAAGAAAUCUUUAAAAGAUAAGAAACUGUUUAUUGUAUUAUUUAUAAUGUUAUUGUGUGUCUUGUUAUCACGCAUUUUAUAAAUGUUUUUGUUUUGGAAAUUUUAUAACCAAAUUCUUAUUUACUUAAUGCAUCUAAAAUUUAAUAAUAAAAAAUUUCUUGGAAAGAUUAUAAUAAUAAUAUUAUUUUGGAAUAAAGUAUUAAAAAAAAUAAUUGA